CAGACGAAGACGUCCUCUUUUUCCUGUGUAUUUAUCGCGGGUUUUUAGUCAAUUUAGAAAGAAAUCUGAGUCCUUGCUCAAUCUCAAUUGUACACCUACGGAUAUAAUGGGAUUGGACGAUAUAAUGGGGAAAACCCCUGGAAACAUAACAAGAAAUUCAACCAAAGAUGGAUUAAAUUUCCCUAUGGAUAAUGCAGCUGUGCUUGCUGCUGCUGUCGUUGAAAUCUUGAUAAUUCUCGUUGGAUUGUUUGGGAAUUCAUUAACGAUUAUUGCAGUUCUACGUAGUCGAGAUCUUCAAUAUGCUACCAAUUAUCUCAUCGUAUCCCUAUCAGUCGCUGACUUACUCGUUUGUACCAUUCUAGUCCCUAUGCGUGCCUCACAGCAUAUUGCAUUCCAGUUCGAUCGUACUAUACCGGAGACCUUUGUUAAAGUUGCUGGCUUCAUUGGUCGUGUGAAUAUCCUCGCUUCAAUUUCCACGCUAGUCUGUCUUAGUAUUGAUCGUUAUCUUGCAUUGUCCAGACCAUUGAAAUAUGCCACAUCAAUAAAGUACAACUUAUCAAAGGUACUUAUGGUCAUAGUGACCAUAUGGAUUUUGUCUGUAAUCAUUACAAGUAUCCCAAAGUUUCCUGGCAUCUCUGAUUCUCCCUUCCUAAUAUUUUUCGUCGUGUUUGUACUCACUGCAACGCUACUAAUAGUUAUCAUGUAUUAUAAAAUAUUUCAAAUCAUUGUGAAGUAUACGCGAAAGAUUGGCGAACCCAAACGGUAUAGCGGAACCUUCCAACGAUCUUCGAAAAGGAAAACACGCAAAGAAAGGGAAGAUUCCGGUAUAGUAAUUAGUAUAAACAGCUCUGCGGAGUCAUCUAAUGUCAACUGUAACAACGAAAGAACUGCUGAAGUCCUAGAGGACAAAGAAGACACAAUUGUUUCAUCUUCAAGCAGUAACGAUGUCACAAAAGUAGCAUCAAACGAAGAAGCUAGAACAGGUAUUGUGCCGUUUUCACGAGAAGAACGUAAAGCAGCCCAGACUGUCGGGUUCGUUAUAGCUGCUUUCAUUCUGUUCGUUUAUCCAAGAAUUAUAUUAAUCCUGUAUCAUUUUGCUGAAGAAGAAACAAAUAACAGCAUCAUUGCUCGAUUUUGGAUGCGUGUUCUUCUCUAUGCUAAUUCUGCUGUAAAUCCGACGUUUUACGCCUAUAGACAUAAGGGUUUUCGAAAAGAGUUUCGAAAAAUGAGCCUGAAGUGUUUGGGAUUGGGACGAUUAAUUCGCAAUCGUUAUCCCACAUAUCGUGAAACAUGAUGAAGCACGACUUAUAAUGCUUCCGAAAAAUUUUUAUAUUAAGAAGCUCUAAAAAGCCAUUUCCUGGACUUUGGAGGAUAAAAUCAUACAAACUGUAUUAUUUUCAAUGUUUUAUCAAUCAAAAUUAAAAUUUCAACUCAUCAUA